AUGGCGCAGCCGCCGCCAUGGAAGGCGAUGUACCUGUAUGUGGCGAGCCAGGCGCGCGACGGCUGCGCCGGCGUCAGGCAAAGAGUCGCCUCCGCGCGUGACGAUCUGGCGUCCCCGCUGGUGCUGGACACCCGCGACGCCGAGGGGCGGUACACCCUGCUGCAGUCCGCGACGACCCACCUCCAGCACGCGUCCGACCACCUCUCCGCUUUCAUCAUCAACACGGCGGUGGCCGAGCGCCUGGCGCUCCACGGCUGCGGCCCCGUCCCGUCGCAGCCGGUGGCCCGCGUCGGCGACCUCCGCGCCGGCCACGACCACGACUGGCUUGGCCUGAUCAGGCUCCAGGCCGCCAGGGAGCACGCCGAGGGCGCGCUCCGCCGAGUGGAGGGGGCCCUCGCCCUCCUGGGCUCCGUCCGGUUCAUGCUUCACAGCCAGAACCCCGACGCUCCAGGGCGCCGGCAAGCCAUGGAAGGGCGGCUCCACGCCCUCGACCUCCAGCCCGUGGUGGUCGGCGUGGCGAGCAUGUCCGCGCUGGCCUCCAUGGCCACGGAGCCUCCCAUCCGCGACCGCAUCCAGUGAGAGGUCGAUCUCUUGUCUUGAUCAGCUCUGCACGACUCUGCUUGCUUCAUAUCGGUCGUUCGUUCGCGCUGGCUAGCUAGGGCUACUUUGUCUCCUUGAUCUUGUGAUUGUGAAACCAUGGAUGAUCUACCGGUCCGUCGAAUUCGAUCUACUUAUCUCGGUUCUGUUGUUAGCACUUUGCAAGGAUCAUACCGGGGAAUUAAUUAGAUCAGUCAUGAUGCCGUAGCGAUUCGAACUA